AUGGCCCUCUCUGUAGUUGCACCGUUCUACCAAAAUGGCUUGUACGUGAACGCGGUGUGCAAACAGCUCGUUGCUUCACAGCAUAGGUUUCAAGCGCCGCCACAAAUAAUUAUCGUUUCUUAUCACGGAAUUCCGCUUUCCUAUCAAACAAAAGGUGAUCCGUACGGUUUUCAAUGCAAGCAUACAACUGCACUUAUACGGAAGAAUUUAGCCUUGCCAGUAUGUAAUUUGCUGACAACAUUCCAGUCUCGAUUUGGACGCCAGGAAUGGUUAAAGCCUUACACUGAGGACACCGUCAUACAACUUGCCAAGUAA